AUGAAAGCCCUAGUAUCAUGGUGCCUUGUUUUGCAAGUUAUCAUUCUACACGUAAACUCAGCUGAAACAGGAGAUGUUGAUUUCACACUGCUCAUAAAGAACGAAAUGUACAAUUUCAAAAAGCCGGCGGUUUUCUACCGUUGCCAAUCGUCAAAGAAAGACCUCGGAUGGCACAAAUCGCUUCCAUCCUCGGAGUUUCAAUGGAGCUUCGAGGUUCCUCAGUUUGGUAACGGCGUGAAGAUCCACAACUGUGAGUUCCGGUCGCGCAUAGGAACAGCAAACAUCGAGAUCAAGACGGUGUCUACUACAGCGAUUCUUUGCGACGGACAAGUAUGUAGAUACGCGAUUAGACGUAACGGGAUAUAUUUCAUUGGGUACGAGUUGUAUUAUCCUUUUGGAUGGUUUUUCGAAAUGUCGAGGCCCGUCGAGAAGCUUGUUGAGCCGUGGAAGCCUUGGUCACCGCAUCAGUUGGAAGCUUUGCGCCGAAGAAAGCACGGUGGUGACUGA